GUAAUCGCAUUUCGCAGCAUUUUGUUUUGUCCGUGUAAAACAAUCAAAAUUCUUGAUCGAAAGCAACAAAAAUUGUAUCCUAAAAUGUGGGAAUAUCGCCAGGAAAUUAAUUUAGAAACAUCGGUAAAGAUUUCACCGUACUGCCAUUCGUGGCCAUCGGUUUGUUGGUUCACGCUAAAGGUCCUGGAUUUGUGGAAACUUCUGGUGUGGGACAGAUCCCCAACUUACCUGGUGAUUUUCACGUUUUUGCUGAUCGGAAUCUUCUGGUUGAUAUUCAAAAGGUUCCAACGCAAGUGGAACGAUGUGCCCAUGUCGGAGAUUAGGUCACUGCGAGAACGCGUUCAGUUUGUAACCCAGGAUAUGGCCAUGUUGCAAGAUGCCCUAAAUGCGACCAUAAUAAACAAGCCGCAGGAGUUUACUGACAUUUCCACUAGCAGUAAUGACAUCGAUGUUCUGUAUGAACCAAAGCCCAACGCAAACGAUAAAAAGUGUUCAGAAUUUAACGAAACCUUAGAACCUUUCUCCCUCCAAUUCGCAAAUAUUCGUGAAUCAUAUGCUCCAGUUCAGGAGGUAAAUGCACAGCAGUCUGUGAUUCCAGAUCCCAAUCCUGAAGAUGAUUCCAUAGCAAAAAUGCAGUCGCGAUUUAGUAAGAAGUUUCAGGGAAAACAAACCAAAGCCGUGAGCAAGUCUUUUAUAAAACCGAAGCCCAAGAAGGUGAUAUAUGAAAGUAAAUUAGAUGUGGGGAAAAGAACUCUGCGUAAACGUCAAUAUCCAUCUCUUUCGAAAAUAGGAUGGAAGGUCUAGAUCCUUAAUAAGGUAUUUUGAUAUUGCGAAACUGAAAUUAUAAUGUAUGCAUUUGCAAUAAACUAUUUUUAAUGAUUUGUAA